CAAAUUUAAGAAUGUGAAGUUGUGAUGUGUAAAAUAUGUGAGAAUAUAAAGUGGUCUAUCAGUCGUUUGCUAAGCCUAACCAUGACUGUGAAACAAAGCAAUGUGAAAAGUGUUGACGUAGUCAACCCCGAGCGCCAGAAACUAGUGCCAUUUCUUAGCCUUGUAAAUAAUUCUUGUGAAAGCUGUGUGCAUCAAACGUUGGAACUAGUGACUCAUGCACAUGGAACAGUUUCAAGUGGCAGCAGCUGGAGCACAGUCUGGAGAUGGUGGUACAUCUGAACAGGUGACUGUCAUGCAGAACCUCCAGGCUGCUGGAGCAGUUCAGGUUACUUCACAACCACAGGUGAUUCAGGUGACACAAGCACCAGGAAACCAACCGCAUCUCAUUACUGCUGGUCAGCAGAUAAUGGUGCAAGCUCUUCCUCAAGGACAGACUAUCCAAAUACAGGGACAGCCUGGUCAACAACUACAACAGAUUCAAAGUCAACCUAGCCACCAGUCAACUCAGCCACUAUCUCAGAUUCAGGUCAUUCCUGUUGGCCAGAUUCAGGGGCAGCAAGGUCAACCUCAACAGAUCAUUAUCCAACAACCUCAACAAGGGCAAUUUAUUCAGACAUCUGAUGGUCAGACACUGGUUUAUCAACCAAUGACUGUAGAUGGCACUAGCUUUAUUCAAAGUCCGGGAGGAAUUAUUCAAAUACCAGCUGUCUCUGUUGCUCCAGCAACACCUCAGGUUGUUCACCAUCAGACAACAACUAGCACAGCUACUACAGGGACAAGUCCACAAUCCAUAUCAAUCCCAUCAUCAGGAAAUUUACAGUCUGGAAACAUUGUAAUGGUGAUAGCAGGUACCGGAGGAUUACAGGCUCUACAGAGGUUACCCCUACCGGGUGCUGAGUUAUUGGAAGAAGAACCACUAUAUGUAAAUGCUAAACAGUAUCACCGAAUACUGAAAAGGAGGCAGGCUCGUGCAAAAUUAGAGGCUGAAGGAAGAAUCCCCAAGGAGAGGAGGAAAUACCUUCAUGAGUCCAGACACAGGCAUGCUAUGAAUAGAGUUAGAGGGGAAGGUGGACGUUUCAACUCGGGCUCUUUUAAGAGCAGUGAACAAUCACAUGUUGGAAAUGGGGACAAUAGUGAAACCAAGACAUUUAUGAGAAAUAAUGGCCUUAAUAAUGUAUCAUUAAAAAUUGCAACAGAAUCCCAAACCAGUCAUGAUUCUGAUAGUAGUUCAUUUAACAAUGAGUUAACAGCUCAGCUGGAUUCUAGCCUUGAGAAUGGAAGAUCAUCAUCUAUCACUGAAAUAAUAACAGGUGAUCUCAUUUCUGCAGCAGGAGAUUCUAACUAAUACAACCAUAAUCAGUUUACAUCUGGAGAAAAAAUGUAGCAGCAUUCUAAAAAAAACUUACUGUGAAUUUAUAUUGGAUAAAAUGACCAUAUUCAGGCUGUGAGGCCGAUUCUGUAAAUAAAAAGAAUAUUUUAAUAUCACUCACCUUCAUUACUGUGGGUGCUUUGCAGUUCAUGCAGCACCACAUUACUGUUUAGUAUUUGUCUGUAUUUUCUCUAAGUAUAUACUUUUUCUUUUGUAUUUCAUCCAGAAAUCAUAAUAUAGAUUUUAAGUGUUAGAGUUAUUGCUACUUGUUUAAUAUUUAAUGAUUGAAAAGCUUUGAACAAGAACGAAAUAUAGAACAUAAAGUUUAAUACAUUAGCAAAUUUAAAGUAGGCAUAGCUCACAUUAGGACUAAUGCACUUUUUCUCAUCCACCCUGAAGUGUUACUUUUCUUUGGGCUAGAUUCAUCAUCUGAAAGAAUGUGUAAUAUAAAUUCUAGGGGUAAUUCAUUGAAUAUGUGCACAAAGUACUCAACGAUUUGAGUGUUUCAUAUGCACUUUUUUUUAAAAAUAUUUCUGUAGUUUGUACAUAUUUACAUUUACACAUCUCCCAAUAUACACCCCACUAAAUAAAGUAUCUUUCCCACUCUCAGUAUUUCUUUUCUAGUUUGCACUACCAAUAUUUGAAUAUGAUAAUUUGUAAGAAUGAGUUGUAAAUGUACAAUAUUUAAUUAAAAAAUACUUAACAUUGCUCAAUUAGAAACUGCAAAAUGGUUUAUACAAUGGAGACAAAACAAAAAAAGGGUUGAAGAAUAAUAUAAAGUAAUAAAGGUUCAAUUGAAAAAUUCCUGGUUGUCAGUUCUAAAUAACUUUUGUGAUACGUAACUAGUUUUAAUGGUUCCAUUAUUAUGAGUGAGGUUAUCAUUGCACUUGCGUAUAUUUAACACUAAAAUAAGGAAUACCUAAUAGCUGGUGCUAUGGAAAAUGUGUUUUUUUGGAAGUAUAAAUUGUUUGUCAAACUUGUUGAAACUUUCAUGUAACUUGUUGAACCUUAGCUGUAUAUACUGAAGUAAAGGUCCACUAUACUUUUUACAAGCAUGUAGUGCACAUUGUCCAAGUGAAGCACAGAUUAUGUAAUAAUGCAAAAAAAUAAUAUAUCUAAACUAUCUUGUUAUAUUCUUGUUCUAACAUGUGUUAAUUGGUGCUUGUGAAUGCAUUAAAUAUCCCCAUUUACUUGUCACACCUGGGUAUAUAAAUAUUUAAUGCAUUCAAUUUAAUAAGUAUUUUAUCUCAUAAGUACUUUCAAGUUAAAUAAUAUAUUA